AUGUGGUCAUCUUCAUCAUCAAGUUCUUCUGACAGCGACGACGAGAAUAUUAUCAUUCGUCGAAGAAGAAUAUUCCGUCCAAGAAUUAAUAAUAAUUUUAUGGCUGAAUAUGAAUUCAACGAACGGUUCAGAAUGAACUCAGUGAAGUUGGAGUACAUUGUCAGCAGUAUAGGGCAUCUUCUAGUUCAUCAUACAAACAGAAAUCAUGCAUUAUCCCCCAUUCAACAAGUAAAUUUAUGCUUACAUUUUUUGGGAAGUGGUACUCAGUAUCACUCUAUUGGUGAUAUGCAUGGUGUAUCAAAAGCUACUGUUUGUCGUGUAGUAAGAAAUGUGACAAAAGCCAUAAAUGAGGUACUUUUUCCACAAUUGGUUCGAUUUCCAAAUGAUUUGGUAACUGUUGUUCAACAUUUCCAUAGUAUAGCUUCAAUACCCUUAGUUGUAGGUUGUGUUGAUGGAACUUUAAUUAAAAUUGACGCGCCAUCGAUAAAUGAACCGGUGUUUGUUUGUACGUACAACCGUGAUUGA